AUGGCAGGCACGACUUUCGCAGAAUGUCAACUUGUUGUUGAUCGAUGGAUCAGCGAGACUCUUGACCAUCCCCUAGGCCGGUACUUUAUGGCCGGGUUCGGGUCAUCUUUGGUCGUGCUACUCGUGGCUAUUGCAGCUUUCUGCAGCCGUAGCAAGACUCCCAAUGUCCCGAUUCUACUACAAGACGAGAUCGGCAAUGCAAGGAAGCGUGCUCUCGAGUACUGCUUCAACCCACGGGAGGUCAUGGAGAAAGGGUACAAAAAGUUCAAAAAUGAAGUCUUUGGCCUCGAUACCCAAGACGGGCUCAAACUGGUCAUACCUCCGAGCUACUUAGACACACUCAAGAGUCAUCCCGCUCUGAGCUUCAAAGCUUCUAUUGAUAACGACAUGCAAAUCGAAUACACACAUUUCGGCGGUCCACCGGAGUAUGUUAUCCAUGCGAUCAAAGCCAAUCUCACUGGAUCACUUCCCGCGUUUGCACCUAUACUCCACACAAUGGCACGCAAGAAUAUGCCCAAAGUUAUGGGUACCACAGACUGGACACCAGUCAAAAUCCACGACCGAGUACUCCGCCUCAUCGCAACAAAUAACGCUCGCGCUUUCCAAGGUACAGCUGCAAGUGAGGACGAAGAAUGGCUCUCAGCAUCCACAGGUUAUGUUCUGGCUUGCUUCGACUGUAUACGAGCUUUGAAGCAGUGGCACCCAUGGCUCCGACCUCUCGUCUAUAGACUCAUCCCUGAACGAGCUGCCAUCAAGGAUCAAUGGGCCAAGGGUCGUAAACGAGUCAUGGCAUCCAUGAAAGAGAGACAAGCCAAGGGUGGAAAUAUUGAAGACCCACCCACUAUGUUGGAUCAUUUGAGUAACGGCAAGAACGAGAAAAUGGCCAAUGAUAUCGAAAAGCAGCUGGUUCAUCAAAUGAAUCUGAUUGCUGUCGGUACAGUCACCACCUAUUCUUCUACAACACAGGCCAUCUACGAUCUUGCUACUCAUCCAGAAUAUGUCCCCAUUCUGCGACAAGAGGUUGAAUCUGUAUCUCGAGACGCCAACGGAAAUUUCACUCGGGACUCAACUUUGGCGAUGGAGAAGCUUGACAGUUUCAUCAAGGAGAGUCAGCGAUUCCACUCCCCCGACCUAACCACCUUCCAACGAGCAGCGAUCGCAGACAUGACUCUUCCCGAUGGCACAUUUGUCCCCAAAGGAACAAAGAUGGAGAUCAACACCUGCUCAAUCCACAAAGACAAAGAUCUGUACGAGAAUCCUGGCGACUUUGACGCUCUUCGCUUCUACAAGAUGCGUCAGGGCCCUGGGCAAGAAGCAAAGUACCAGUACUUUAGUGUGGGCCGAGAAGACCUCUCAUGGGGUUUUGGACGACACGCUUGCCCCGGGAGGUAUCUCAGUGCUAUCAACAUCAAGCUUAUCAUGGCUGAGCUCUUGAUGAACUACGACAUCAAGCUGUGCGAUGGGGAAAGCCGACCGCCGAAUAUUGAAUUCGAAGUUCUUUGCUCUCCCGACCCCAAUUACGAGAUUUUAUUGAAGAGCAGAGAUCAUUAG